UGAUACUUUCUAAUAGCCUCCGUUUGGCCUGUUUUGACAGAAUGGUAACUACGGAACCCUACACUGAGCAUGGCCCGACCUGCUCUUGGCUAAUUUUUUUUUUUUACUCAUCAAGCUAUAUUAAUGAAUAUCUAAAUUGUCCUCAAACGACCUUUGCGAUAUCUAUGCAAUUAAAUACAUUCAUUAAAGUGUCAACAUUCGCAUGCAACUCUCGUCAAAAUGUUGUUAUUAUUGUCGUUGUGCGCAUUUAUUUUAUAUUUAAUAUUGUCUUGGAUAUAUUUCUGGCGUGACGCGAGAAAGUACAAUGUUCCCGGUCCUACGCCUUACCCUAUCAUUGGGAAUGGAAAUCUGUUGUUGUGCGAUUCUAAUAAAAUGUUGGAAGUUUUAAACGAUCUGGCUAUACAAUAUAAAGAUGCAUAUCGUAUAUAUAUCAUGUCCGAUAGAUACUACGUGUUAUCGCAUCCCAAGUACAUUGAGGAACUAAUAUCAAGCACGGAGAAUAUUACCAAAGGAAUAUCUUAUAACUACUUUCGGCCGUGGUUAGGAGACGGACUUUUAACAUCCACAGGUGAAAAAUGGCGAAGUCACCGCAAGUUCUUAACGCCGGCGUUCCACUACAACAUCCUGCACGCGUAUCUGCCCGUAUUCCUGAGAAACGGGACAGUGUUGUGCGACAAACUUAAACGCCGCGCCGACGGGACGCCGAUCGAACUCUUCCCAGUCAUGGCCAUAGCUGCUUUGGAUAAUAUUACAGAGACAAUUAUGGGCGUGACAUUGCAUGCGCAACAAAAAGGCUCAAAAUUUGUGAAGACAAUUGACAUAGCAAGCACAAUUCUAUCUAAAAGAAUGCGUGACGUGUUUCUGGGCAACGAUAUUAUAUUUUCACUGACACCAUACAAAAGGAGACUUGAAGAAGCGAUAGAGUACAUACACGGACACACUCGAGAAGUUAUAGAAGCGAGAAGAAAGGAAUUGAACAAUAUAAAGGCAAAAAAAUUGGUUGAUAGUUCAGAACUGGGAAUGAAAAACAGACACGCCUUUCUAGACCUACUGCUAUUGGCCGAAGUGGACGGCAAAUGCAUAAGCGACGAGCGCGUGCGAGACGAAGUGAUUACUUUUAUGUUCGCAGGUCACGACACCACAGCUUCAGCUUUGACAUAUGUCUUAUAUUGUAUAGCGAAAUAUCCAGAUGUGCAGCGAAAGAUUUUAGAAGAACAGAAUGAAGUUUUAGGCGAUCUUAAAAGAGACCCCACUUACAGUGAACUUCAAAGGAUGAAAUAUCUAGAAUGCGUGAUAAAAGAAAGCCUUCGACUCUACCCAGCCGUGCCCCUAUUCCAAAGAAUGGUCACUAAGGACAUUGAGAUGUCAGGUAUACGUUUCCCAAAGAACACAACGGUGAUAAUCAACGUGUACAGUAUGCACAGAAACCCGGACGUGUUCGAAGAUCCUUUGGAAUUCCGUCCGGAACGUUUCGAGAAUUCGAGUAUGAGGAACGCUUUUAGUUGGAUUGCUUUUAGCGCCGGUCCGAGGAAUUGUAUUGGUCAAAAAUUCGUCAUGUUGGAAUUGAAAAUGACCUUGGCGGCCAUCUUGAGGAACUUUGAGCUGUCACCGUGCGGGAGCCCCGAGCCGUGCGGGGACCUCGUACUGAGGUCCAAGAGCGGGGUGUACGUCAAAAUGUUACCGAGAUUGUAAAAAAACUAAUAAUUGUCAAUUCUUUUAAAGUAAAAGUUCUAAAAAGCUCGUUUUUUAAAUUUCUUUAUACUACGUCGGUGUCAAACAAGCAUACGGCCCGCCUGAUGGUGAGCAGUCUCCGUAGUCUAUGUACGCCUGCAACUCCAAAGGAGUUACAUGCGCGUUGCCGACC